AUGAGGGUCGGUUGGGCGAUCCGGGCGCUGCUGCUGCUGCCCCUGGGGCUGUGCGGGGCCCCGGCUGAAUUUCUCGGGGCUUUGGAUGCAGAAGGUGUUUUCUCCUAUUUUGGAACCAGCUCAGUGGCUGAUGCACCCGAGUUUGUUGUUGCUGAGCCAACUUGCCCUUGUAAGGAGGAACAGAUGGGGCUGAUGUCCUGUCGAAUUCAACACUGCUCCUUUGAGGCCUGGGGAGAACUCUAUGCCUUUGAGUUUCUAGAGGACCAUGCCCUCCUUUCUUCUUCCUUCGUGAGCCAUCAAGUGGUGAACUCUUCCUUUAGCCUCCUGAAGCAGUUCUCCACCAACUGCUUUGCAGGUGGAAAUCCACUGCAGCCUCCUGGGGCUGAGUGUAGAGUCACUUACUGUGAAGGACAGCUGCAAGGAGUCGUCAUUGCAGAUGAGGAAAAGAUUCAUAUCAGGCCUGUCAGAAGCAAAGAUGUGGCCCUGCUGAAGGACCUUGGCUUCUCCAGACCCCACAUUGUCUUCAGAAACCCUGCAAGAGCGGAAGGUACAGCAAGAGGGCCUUUUCCUCCUUGCCUUCAGAAGAGGGCUGAGGGAGCUGUCAAACAUCUGGAGCUGAUGGUUAUAGCAGGCCCAGAUGUUUACUCGUACCACAAAGAGGACACGGAGCGAUAUAUUCUUGCCAACCUGAACAUUGGGGCAGAACUGCUGAGAGAUCCCUCCCUGGGUGCUCAUUUCAGGGUUCAUCUUAUGCAAAUGCUUGUUUUGAGAGAACCAGAGGCAGAGGUAAACAUCACAACAAACAUCACCUCCUCACUGAUCAGUGUUUGUGAGUGGAGCAAGAAGGUCAACCCCCAGAAUGACUCUGAUCCCCAGCAUGCUGACAUUGUCCUCUAUGUCACCAGGUUUGACUUGGAGUUACCUGAUGGGAACAAGGAGCUCCGUGGAGUGACUCAGUUAGGUGGAGUCUGCUCCUCCUUCUGGAGCUGUGUCAUUACCCAGGACACUGGCUUUGACCUGGGAGUUACCAUAGCCCAUGAGAUUGGGCACAGUCUUGGAAUUCCCCACGAUGGAGAGGGCAAUCGUUGCAGCAGCAGUGGUUACAUCAUGGGCUAAGCAGGAACCCACAGCAGCAUCGACCUCUCCUGGUCACAGUGCAGCCGAGAGGAGUUCCUGGCCUUUGUCAGCACAGGCCAAACAAACUGCUUAAAUGACCUGCCGGACACGGACGGCAGCAUCCCUGGCUGGAAGCCUGGCCUGUACUAUGGAGCAGAUGAGCAAUGCAAAAUAGCCUUUGGGAGUGCUGCCACAGUGUGCACCUUUGCUGACAGCAAUGUUGACAUAUGUGAAGUUCUCUCAUGCCAUGUAGAACCAGGAGACAAAUCCAGCUGUAAUCGGCUUCUUGUUCCCCUCUUGGAUGGUACUGAGUGUGGCAUCAAUAAGUGGUGCUCCAAGGGGCAGUGCAGCUCUCUGGAAGAGCUGAACCCCAUGGCUGCAGUCCAUGGGCACUGGUCUGCCUGGAGCCCCUUCUCCUCCUGCUCCCGCAGCUGUGGAGGGGGUGUCGUGCGGCGGCAGCGGCUCUGCAACAGCCCCAGGCCUGCUUUUGGGGGGCAAGAAUGUGAUGGUGCCGGCAUCCAAGUGGAGAUGUGCAAUACUCAGGCCUGUUUGAUGACCCAGGAGGAUUUUAUGGCUGAACAAUGUGCAGCAACAAAUUCAAAGCCACUGUAUCUCACUGUGGAAGCACCAUCCUUUUAUACCUGGACUUCUGCUGUUGGCUUUGCCAAAGGGGACUUGCUGUGCAAGCACAUGUGCAGGGCUGUUGGAAAGGAAUUCAUGGUCAGGCGUGAAGACAGUUUCACAGAUGGAACCAGAUGUGAGCAGGAGGAGUCUGGGCAGCACGGGGCUUUCCAUCUGUGUGUCAUGGGAAGCUGCAGAGCUUUCGGGUGUGAUGGCCAGAUGGACUCCAAAAAGAUACUGGACUCUUGCAGGGUCUGUGGGGGUGAUAACACCACCUGCACUGAAGUGAGUGGAUCUUACACAGAAGGAAAAGCUAAAGAGUAUGUCACGUUUCUGUCCCUGCCUCGUCACGCCACCUCGGUCCGUGUUACCAAUCAGAGGCCACUCUUCACACACCUGGCUGUGAAGGUUAAAGGAGACUACGUGGUUGCUGGAAAAGGAAAGAUCUCACUGAAUGUCACCUAUCCGUCCGUUCUGGAGGACAGCCAGGUCAAAUACAAAGUGUUUCUCACCAAGGACAACCUGCCAAGCCUGGAGGAAGUCCAUGUGGAUGGGCCAACAGAAGAAGAAAUGGAAAUACAGGUCUAUCGGAGGUAUGGAAAAGAAUAUGGCAAUGCCACCAACCCAGACAUCACCUUCAGCUACUUUGUUCCCAAAGACAAUCUGACCUAUAAGUGGAUUCCUCAGCAGGGACCGUGUUCAGUGACCUGUGGGGAAGGGACACGACCAGUGCAUCAUGUGUGCUUUGACCAUUCAAAGAAUGAAAUAGCAGAGGAUCAGUGGUGCCUGGGGCUGCCACAGCCCCUUUCAGAGCACAAGGCCUGUGCCAUGGAGCCAUGUCUGUACAGGUGGAAGAUGUCUCAGAUAGAGGAAUGCUCUGCUGCCUGUGGAACUGGAGUCGCCCAACAGAAUCUGACCUGUGUCCAGUUUCGUGAUGGAUUGGAGACUGUUGUGGAUGACAGCUUGUGCCCAGCAGAAGAGAAACCCCUCUCCACUGUGCCAUGUGUGGUUAAUGUCUGCCCUUUAGGCUGGGAGAAAGAGGAAGAUGCAAACUCACUGCAGACAUCGGAGUCACUCGGGCAUAUCCAGGUGGAAAAUCAGCCCGUGUAUGUCUGGAGCCCUCAGGCUGGAGAGUGUUCUGUCUCCUGUGGGAGAGGUGAGACUCAGCUACAAUAUGUAUGUGUGGCUUUUGACACCAAAGAACAAACCCAAGAGGAAAACUGUCAUCCAGUGCCAAAGCCAGAGAGCAGAGUGGAAGUCUGUGAUCUCAGUCCCUGCCCACCAAGAUGGAAGGUGACCCCAGGUGGCCCCUGUUCCUCCAGCUGUGGGCUUGGGUUGGCUGUUCAGCUGGUCACCUGCGUGCAGGUUCACCAAGGCAAGGAGGUUUUGCUAGAGGAGCAUCUGUGUCCUGUGGCAGAGAAGCCCCUUCCCAGUGUGCCCUGUGUCAUCCGGGUGUGCUCUUACGAGUGGAGCUUCAGUGAGUGGACAGAGUGUUCAGCUUCCUGUGGGAAUGGCAUCCAGACUCGACAGGAUUUCUGCCUCAACUCUCUGACCCGUGGGCCCGUGAGCCCCGUCUUCUGCAGGCACUUCCCCAAGGCCAUCGUGGUCCGUGGCUGCUCUGCAGGGCCUUGUCCUGAGCAGGUGGCUGGGGCUGGCUCCCCUGGAGCAGAACUGCAGACAGUGACCCCAGCCACACAUCUGACCACAGCUGCACCUGCCCAAGAGGCAAGAUACAAGGAGCUGGGUCUUCCUGCAUCUGCUGUGCUGCAGGAGCAGACAAAGACCAGUGCAGGUGUCUGUGGAAGGCUCUUUCUUAAUGCCAGUGGGAUGAUCAACAUGACAGGUGUGGAGAGUCGUGACUGCACGGUGGCCAUUGGGCGUCCCCUCCGGGAGGAGAUCACCCUCCGAGUCCUGGAGAGCUCCCUCAACUGCACUGCAGGUGAGGUUGUGCUGUUUUCUGGGCGAAUGAUGUGGAGGACAGGCUGCAGGAAGCUCCCUUUGUCCCUGAUCAAUUCCAGAACAAAUACACUGAUUGUGAAACAGCGAGUUUUGCUGCCAGGAAAUGGGAUCAUUCUUCAGUACAACAGCAGAAAUGCAACUAAAAAAUAUUACCAAGACUGUGACAAGCAGCUGUUUGGUCCCCAAGGGGAAAUAGUGAAUCCUGUGCAGUUGCCUGAUCAAAGGCAAGGGGUGGUGUGUCGGACCUUCAUCAACGUGGCUCCGCGGCAUCGCGUAGCCAUCCGUGCCCUGUCCAUUGACCUGGGCAAUGACAGCAACCAGACACAUUUUAAUUACAUCCUGGUCCGUGAUGUGAGCACCAUGAAGACAAUGGUGUUCCGUGGGAAGCAGCAGUUCUUCUGGCAGUCAACAGGAAGCCAAGCUGAAAUUGAAUUUCAUGAAAAUGUUAAGGAUCACCAAACCAGUUUCUGGGCUGAAUAUCAUGCUAUUGAACCCGAAUAA